AUGCUGUGUUCUGUUUGUGAACCUGGCGCCCCGCUGGUGUCCUCUCUCCUCCAUUCUCCAGGCGCACUGACAUCUCGCCAUCUCGCUGCACUAAACCCCGGGUCUCUGCAGAAAAUGGCCGUUCCUCCCACAUACGUCGACUUGGGGAAAGCCUCCAGAGAUGUUUUCUCCAAAGGCUUCGGAUUCGGUGUCAUUAAGCUCGACCUGAAAACGAAGUCUGAGAACGGUCUGGAGUUCACCAGCACCGGAUCGGCAAACACCGAGACCAGCAAAGUCACCGGCUCUCUGGAGACCAAGUACAAGUGGGCAGACCAUGGACUCACCUUCACAGAGAAGUGGAACACGGACAAUACACUGGGGACCGAGAUCACCAUCGAGGACCAGAGAGGCCGGAGAGGGAGACAGAGAGGCCGGAGAGGGAGACAGAGGCCGGAGAGGGAGACAGAGAGGCCGGAGAGGGAGACAGAGAGGCCGGAGAGGGAGACAGAGAGGCCGGAGAGGGAGGCAGAGAGGCCGGAGAGGAGAGGCAGAGAGGCCGGAGAGGGAGACAGAGAGGCCGGAGAGGGAGGCAGAGAGGCCGGAGAGGGAGACAGAGAGGCCGGAGAGGGAGACAGAGAGGCCGGAGAGGGAGACAGAGAGGCCGGAGAGGGAGACAGAGAGGCCGGAGAGGGAGACAGAGAGGCCGGAGAGGGAGACAGAGAGGCCGGAGAGGGAGGCAGAGAGGCCGGAGAGGGAGGCAGAGAGGCCGGAGAGGGAGGCAGAGAGGCCGGAGAGGGAGGCAGAGAGGCCGGAGAGGGAGGCAGAGAGGCCGGAGAGGGAGGCAGAGAGGCCGGAGAGGGAGACAGAGAGGCCGGAGAGGGAGACAGAGAGGCCGGAGAGGGAGACAGAGAGGCCGGAGAGGGAGACAGAGAGGCCGGAGAGGGAGACAGAGAGGCCGGAGAGGGAGACAGAGAGGCCGGAGAGGGAGACAGAGAGGCCGGAGAGGGAGACAGAGAGGCCGGAGAGGGAGACAGAGAGGCCGGAGAGGGAGGCAGAGAGGCCGGAGAGGGAGACAGAGAGGCCGGAGAGGGAGACAGAGAGGCCGGAGAGGGAGACAGAGAGGCCGGAGAGGGAGACAGAGAGGCCGGAGAGGGAGACAGAGAGGCCGGAGAGGGAGACAGAGAGGCCGGAGAGGGAGACAGAGAGGCCGGAGAGGGAGACAGAGAGGCCGGAGAGGGAGACAGAGAGGCCGGAGAGGGAGACAGAGAGGCCGGAGAGGGAGACAGAGAGGCCGGAGAGGGAGACUGA